AUGAACGCUGUUUUUCUUGCGCUGGUUUUUGCUGUUAUUGCGCUGUUGGAGAAAAUAAGCCUGAGAAAUGGCAUUAUUCUCUGCACAAGUUUUAUCUUUAUUGGCUCGAUCUUCAAGUGCCUAGUCUCUCGUCGAUUCUUCUGGGCUCAAAUCGUCGGUCAAGGAUUUGUCGGUGUCGCAAAUAUACUUGUCACAAUCAUCCCACCAAGAGUAGCAGCAGUUUGGUUUGCUGAAGAUGAGCUAUCAAGAUCCAUUGCUGCUCUUCUCAGUGCUCAAGUGAUCGGAAACGCGCUUGGGCUUCUCAUUCCAAAUUUAACCAUUAAGGCAAGGCUUUGCUACAUUCCCUUGCGGAAACGCCGAGCAAACCGCAUUAGGGGAAUAAGACUCGAUCUAUUUGAGCCGGAUCUCUAUCCUAUGUGA